AUGCCGAACCCCAUUCGGAAGGGCGUGCUGCUGCCGCCCGCGAUCCUCGGGGAGGAGCCUGCGGAGGAGGGCGGGCGCAGAGUCGAGGGCGCCGGCGGCGCGUGCGGCUCGGAUGCGCCGGGGCAGCCAUGCGGCGCUCCCGGGCCCCCCCUGGACGCCGGGCUGCUGGAGGUGCCGGCCGAGGUGGAGGCCGCGGUACAAGAAACGGAGCGGCCCGCGAACCCCUUCCGACGAGAAAGGCAUGGCCGAGACGGACCUCCUCGCCACACUUGGGGCCCUGACUUCAGGGCCUGGACCGCGACGCCCCUUGUCAGAUACCUCAAGCGGGUCGCGCUGCAGAUUGACAGCAACGUCAAGAACAAGUCGAUGCCAACCACGGACCGCUUGGACGCUUUCGUGUCCAAGCUGAUUGACCAGUCCAAGCGCCAGCUCAGAAGUGCUCCAAAGAGGGUGAGGCCGAUGCUCCAACACCAUUUCGUGCAGCAGUUUCAGUAUUAUUGGGAUUUUCUCCAGAACACCAAAGUGAAGGACAUCACCCCAGAGGAGCUCAAGUGGUCCCUGAUCAGCCUGAUCGAGACCCUGAUCGCGUCCUUCCAG